UAGACACAAUACAAAUCUUGGAGGAAGAAAAUUAGACCGGGAACAAGGAGAUGCAAGGGACCCUGUCGACACACGUGGAUGAGGAGAAGGAGGUGCUGACUCAUGAGGCGAGCGAGGUGUCUGAUGAGGAGACGGAGGUGCCGACACCGACUCAUGAGGUGAGCGAGGUGUCUGAUGAGGAGAAGCAGGUGCUGACUCAUGAGGUGAGCGAGGUGUCUGAUGAGGAGAAGGAGGUGCUGACUCAUGAGGAUGAUGAGGUGAGCGAGGUGUCUGAUGAGGAGAAGGAGGACAAGACCAUGAUCUCCAAGCGGCAGAUCAGGAAGCUCUGUGAGGAACUGCAAGGGACGCUGGAUUACCUGAGACUCGACAUCGAGCCGGCAGCCCCGCUAAGGGAGCCGACCCAAGACGGCGAGGGGAUAAUCCACACCAUCUUAGAGCAGUUCAAGGAUCUGCGCCGCCGCACCAACAGGCUGAGCUGGAAGCUGCUGCCUUUCUAUGAAAGGUACGAGGAGGAGCAGGCAAAGCGGGAUUCGUACGAGGGGUUGGACGAAGAAGAGACGGCGAGGAAGAAGAUGGACAAGGAAGAAAAGUUGUUCGACAGCUACCGCCAAGGCACCGAGUUCUCAUCCCGCCGCGUCACCUUCACGCGGGAGACUACAUUGAGCCCCAUGUACUUCACCCAUUGCACGCCCGGCCUGCCCCUACCCUGCAAUGCUGAGACGGAAGAGGGGAUCAGCCUGCAGGUCUACUCGUUCAAGAUCAGCGAGAUCAGGCACGACCUGCGGUGGCCGCUCCAAGUGUAUGGUGUCGUCGCUGCGCGAGACAACUCGGACCGCAAGCGAAACAUCAUCUUUGAUCGGCCGAGGCACGAAUGCCAGGAGCUCACGGCAGAUGAUCCCUUUUUGCGUUUGACCGGCCCGUCUCGGGCGAUUAUGGCUCUGAGCCCAGUUGAUUUUGAGGUCCAGCUGAAACUUAAGGGCGCGACAGAGUCCGAGUGUGAAGACAGAUCACUGAUGAACCGUAGAGAACAUUACACCGAUUGCCCUAGUGCUGAUUGCUUAGAGACUCUCACCUUUGAAAACUGCCUGUGCACAGCGGAGUUAAGAGUGGAGGAGCUUUAUGGUUCGGUGCAGGCCACUUUUGUGAGUGUCCGCGUCGUCCGUGGAGGUCCAUGGCCUUUUGAAUAUGGAGGCCGGAUUGCUUGCUCCUCACCACCUCACGAAGUUGUGUGCGUGGAUCCUCAAGGCAUUGCACAAGUUGUUGAUGAUUCGUCAUGCUUCCAAGUUGUGCUGCUCGAUUCUCGUGACUUCGUGUGUGGAAAAAUGCCAGUUGGCAAAUACGGUUACCUCGAUCUGUCAAGGCGGCUUGUUUCCGUCCAACUACGGAAAGAGAACUCCCGACAAUACCAAGAUAGCCUCAAAGUUUUCUUUCAAGCCUACUCAAAGUCUGGUGGUAUUACGGCGCAAGCUCAUGUCAAGAUCAGGCCCAAGGCUUGCAACAUAAGUCAACACACUUGCGACCUCGGUGGCUCUAAGCUGGAGAUUACCAUUGCUUGGUCAGCCAUUGUUAGGACCGACCUAUGUUAGUACGGUAUAUGCAUGUUCCUCUUG